GUGGGAUCAAAUAAAAGCAGGUUUUUCACAUCUUCAGCGUGCCCAGCUGGCACGAGCCUGUGAGGCUCUGUUGUCUUCAGAGCUCAAGCUCGGGUUCAAAUGAUUUCAAUCGCUUCUCGACUCUGGGAUCAAGCUAUCAGACACUUCCAGAUGGUUAGUCAAGCUGACAGCCCCUAAAAGACUAAAACAUCCCAUUUAAAACACAUGAAAGCCCUGUGCAGCCAGUCUACCGUAUAUCCGUGACGUGUGGUGGUGACUGAAAAUAUAUAAAAAAAUGAUCUGAUCUUAAAUGAAAAGAAAGACAAAUAUCAUGCUAUUUGGUUCGGAGAAAAUGAUACAAAAUACUAGUUCAAAUUUCUCUCUUGUUACUCGUAACACCACAGCAUUGGAGAGAGCCGACACUUUUAAAUAUCUAGGGGUUUAUAUUGACACAACUCUUCAAUUUGAUAAACCCAUUAAAGAUGUAUGUAGUAAAAUUGGAAGGAAGCUUGGAGGAUUGUGUGGUCAGCGCCACUGUGUAAGCUUUACAGCAAGGUUUAAAUGAGUUACUUGUGUUCCCUAUUCUAGACUAUAAUGAUGUGAUGUGCGGGUCUGCUAGUGAGGAAUCGCUGAAGAAGAUCGAUACAAUGUGUAACAGGAUGUGUAUCUGUGUGCUCCCGUGUACUCCGCUAGCGCAUCACUGCAGCGCGUAUUCUACAUUAAACUUGCUAUCGCCUGCUAACACAAGGAAUUAUCACUGGAAUCGGAUUCUCUUUAAAGGGGCACACAACACAUUACCAGUUUAUUUAAACAGCUUGUUUCUGAGUUUACCUGUAAAUACAGCCUAUCGUAAUGUCUGAGACACACAAUACUUUAAUAUACCGACUGGGAAAAGUGCUGCGGGAAGAAAGUCUUUCGUUUUGUUCUGCUGCUACAGACUGGAAGCUGUUACCCGCAGGACUGAGACCUGACAUCUCCUGUGGGAAUUAAAAAAACAAACCCUGUUGUUCUAGUGCUUAAACAGGCUUGUGUGUGCGCUGUGUAAAUCUGAGGUGUACUUUGUGUAUUGUCUUGUCGUUAUGCGUUUAUAUUAUUUUUAUUUUUGAAACCUGUAACCUGCUGCUGUUAUUUCCAGCACGCCUUUGUAAACGAGCUACUUGUAGCUCACAUGGCCUUCCUAAAUAAAGAAUUAAAAAUCAAAUAAAUAAAUAAUAAAGAGCGCGUCACGUUUACGGUUAUAACCGCACUGAAAUAUACUGGCUUUAAAACAAGAAAAGACAAACGAUGCAGCUGCGCAGCAGAGACAAGAGAACGAGGCAAGCGCGUUUAUUGUUUGGAAAGGAACUGUAAUGUUAUUACUGCCAUUAAAAGCUAAACGCGUUCUAUUACCUCGUUAUUGACUAAAGUAAUAUUAUUACAGUAAGGCGUUACUAAAGUAACGAGAUGCCGUUCAAACCGUCAUCACAAACAUACGUGUAACAGAACAUUCCUUAAUUUUACAUGUUAUAGAUUUGGGGCUAAAACACAAAGUCAGACUCUUCAGCCCUGAUAUUAAACAGUUGUUAAUAUCAGUUGCUUCAUUCCUAAUCUUAACAUUGUAAUAUUUGUUGGGGGAUUUAGAAACAGUUUCAUAGAAUAUCUGAUUCGUCAGUUUCUGCUCCCCCUGCUUGUCUAAACCUGGCCUCAGUCCCAAACCCCGCCUCUCAGAGCUUUACACAACUCCAGGAAAUCAGCGCAGUGAAGUUUCGUUUCUUGUGAAAUCGUCAGUCUCUCUGUCUCUCUGCAGCAAGAAUGGCUUCAAAAGUAUGGUCAGAGGAUCGGUUUAGCUGUUCAGUGUGUCUGGAGAUAUUGAAGGACCCAGUCGCUAUUCCAUGUGGACACAGUUACUGUAUGGGGUGUAUUAAGAACUACUGGGAUCAGACUGAUCAUACAGGUGUCUACAGCUGCCCCCAGUGCAGAAAGACCUUUACCCCAAGGCCUGAUCUGUGCAGAAACACCAUGCUGGCCGAACUUGUGGAGGAAUUAAAGAAGACAGGACUCAAUCCUCCUCCUGCUCAAAGUUAUGCUGGACCUGGAGAUGUGCCGUGUGAUGUCUGCACUGGGAGAAAGUUCAAAGCUGUGAAAUCCUGUUUGACGUGCCUGGCCUCUUACUGUGAAACACACGUCAAGCCACACUAUGAGGGGGCUGCUUUCAAGAGGCACAAGCUGAUCAAUGCAAUUGGAAAUCUGGAGCAGAAGCUUUGUGCUGAACACCAGAAGGUUUUGGAGGGGUUCUGCAGAACAGAUCAGACGUGUAUUUGUUGGCUGUGUGCAGAGGAGGAACACAAGGGUCAUGAUAUAGUCUCAGCUGGGACUGGGAAACAGAAGCAGCUGGGAGAGACACAGACAGAAAUACAACAGAGAAUCCAGGAGAGACUCAAAGAAAUUGAAGAACUGAAACAGGCUGUGGAGACACUGAAAAGAUCUGCAUGCAUAGAAAUAAAGGAAAGUGAGAAGAUCUUUACUGAGCUGAUCCGAUCCAUUGAGAAGAUCCACACUGAGGUUAUUGAGCUGAUUGGAGCUAACGAGAAGGCUGCAGUGAAUCAGGCUGAAGGACGCAUGAAGAAACUGGAGCAGGAGAUUGCUGAGCUAAGGAGGAGAAACGCUGAGCUGAAACAGCUUUCAGAGACAGAGGAUCACAUCCAUUUUCUACAGAAUUUCCAGUCUCUCUGUGCCCCUCCUGAAGCUGGAGACUUACCCAGCGUUACUGUCAAUACAGACAUCUCUUUUGGGGCUGUGAGGAAAGCUGUAUCUGAACUUAAAGACCAUAUUGAGGAUUUCUGCAAGGGGGAAUUAGUCAAAAUAACCACAACAGGUUGGUGUGAAACAGAUUCAUUUGGUAGAGAAUUCUCAAAUAGACCAUGGCUUGAGGAGGGGCAUGACUUGCAAGACAUUAAUAAAGACCUCUUGCAGAUUGUUGGCUAUAUGAAUAUUGCAGCAGGGAGGAUGGUAAAUGGAGGAGGGAGCAGGGAGGAGGGAGGAGGGAGCAGGGAGGAGGGAGCAUGGAAGAGAGAGGAGGCAACAGGGAGGAGAAAACAUGGAAGAAGGAGCAGGAAGGAGGGAGCAGGGAAUACAGAGGAGGGACUGAUGAAGCAGGGAGGAGGGAGCAGGGAGGAGGGAGUGAUGUGUGGAUGGAGCAGACAAUGACUGCUGCAUGUUUGAUGCACAAGGGUGUCCUAAUAUGGACACCGUACUGUUGGGUAAAGAUAUAUGAUGGAGAGGAAGGAACACAAGACUCCAGUGCAGUGGCAGACAUGUUCACAUUGACUUUGGCUGCUGCACUGAUACAGAAGAAAUACAUAUUCAUUGUAAUCAUGAACAUCUUGAAGUACGGAUUUUUACAUCCUGAAAUGCCGUGAAUAAGCCUUGUUUCUUUUCAGAUUGCUGUUUGGAGUCUUGUGUGUGUUGUGUAUUAAUCCACAUGUUUCAAUUCUAUUUCUCUCUCUUUUUUCUGGCCAGUGAAUAAAGUUGCAGUUUACAGUCUGCAGGCUCCAGAGCCAAGGAACAGAGCUGAGUUUUUAAAAUGUAAGUCUGUUUUCACUGAAACAUUUGAUUGAAAGAUGUGUCACUCCAUUGUGAGAAGAGCCAACACUACAGAACAGGGAGG